UUCCUCCACCAAAAGUCCACCACAGUGAUACAAACUCAUUUAGUGUCUGUACAAAAACCUCCUGCUCUAAAGACUCUGCUCUCUCUGUGCUUUACUAACAGCUUUUUCAUAUCAUUCAUUAAAUACUGAUGUGUUUUAUAAUCAGCAGAUAAAUGUAUAAAUUCUGAAAACCUGAACUUUUGUUUCUUUACUUUUUUAAACUUUUUUGUUUGAACUGAGGUCACACAUUAUUAUAUGUGUUCUCAAAUUGCUAAUUUAUUUAUUAAACUGUGAUAUCGUUGUAAAAUUUUUACAUUUUUUGAUUAUUUAACUUGAUUUUACUUUGACCUUUGGAUUAAAAUAACAAAUUAUUUCAAGAACAGAAAACAGUUGAAGAGCUGCUAUGUAAAAAAUCUUUUUGGUUCUGUUGAGCAACAAAAAUUAACAUGGAUAAAUGAACAUAUUGAUUUCCUGCUAAAAGUGAGAAAAGUAUUGUAAUAAAAUGUGUAUUUUUUACUCCCUGCAUGCAGUUUAGUUCCUCCACCAAAAACUCCUGCACUGAGAGACAGACUGACAGCAGUAGCUGCAAAAUCCCUCAAGAGAAAGACUGAUACACUUUAAACUGAACAAUAUGAGAUCGCCCCCCACUGGACAUUAAGAGAAUAUUACACUGAUCUGGAAAGGCAGAUUGCUGAGCUGUGAGAAGAUCAACUGUGUCUUAAACAGUUUACAGUGUGUUCAGUUCAACACAUUUCAGCAACAACAGAAGCUGAUAAACAACACAUAUAAACAUUUUCAUGCUUCUGUCUGAUAUUCAGUAGCUCUAAACUGAACCAUGAAGAACUCCUUCUGUUUCCAUGCUGUUAUACUCAAUGUCACAUGAUCACUGCAGCCAAUAGAGUCAUUUCCAUAGAGAGAGCUGACUUUGCAUUAUCAGCACAUGCUUCAGUGCUCUGGGAGAGUUUAUAGUCCUGUGAGUUUAACACUUCAUGACUGAGAGCUGCUGCCCCACAAACUUCACCCACAGCAGACAUGACUUUGACCACCAUCUUCAUCUGGACUCUGAUCUUCUGGACUCAAGAAUCCAGAGGUCAGACGACUGUGACUCAGACUCCUGCAGUGAAAUCUGCUCUUCCAGGAGAAACAGUCACCAUCAGCUGUAGAACCAGCCCUGCAGUGCAUGGUAGCUAUCUAGCCUGGUAUCUGCAGAAACCUGGAGAAGCUCCUAAACUCCUGAUCUACACCACUAGCAGCAGAACAUCAGAUUGUCCAGCUCGUUUCAGUGGCAGUGGAUCUGGGUCUGACUUCACUCUGACCAUCAGUGGAGUCCAGACUGAAGAUGAUGGAGAUUAUUACUGUCUGGGUGAAUUUUACAUCAGUAGUAGAUACUCGUUCACACAAGCUGCUGCCCCACAAACUUCACCCACAGCAGACAUGACUUUGACCACCAUCUUCAUCUGGACUCUGAUCUUCUGGACUCGAGGAUCCAGAGGUCAGGCGACUGUGACUCAGACUCCUGCAGUGAAAUCUGCUCUUCCAGGAGAAACAGUCACCAUCAGCUGUAGAACCAGCACUGCAAUUUAUAGUAACCAUUUCUCCUGGUACCUGCAGAAACCUGGAGAAGCUCCUAAACUCCUGAUCUACUACACUAGCAGCUUACAGUCAGGAACUCCAGCUCGUUUUAGAGGUAGUGGAUCUGGAUCUGACUUCACUCUGACCAUCAGUGGAGUCCAGACUGAAGAUGAUGGAGAUUAUUACUGUCAGGGUCAGUUUUACAUCAGUAGUAGAUACUCGUUCACACAGUGA